GUUUUUACACAGCCAAGAUUCUUCAUUACUCACCUCCUGGGCCACCUACCUGAUCCACCUUCACACUUGCUCGUCUCCACUAUUGUCUUGGCAGCAUGGAUGUGGAGGAAGAUGACUUGUCUCUGCUGACGUCUCUGCUGGAGGAGAACGAGGCCGCCUUGCCUUGUCAUUCAGAAGAGAGUAACUCCUUGUCUCUGAAAGACGGUGAACCUGAUGAAUUUGAUGAGCUUUUUGAUGCUGAUGGCGAUGGUGAAUCUUACACAGAAGAGGCUGACGAUGGAGAAGAGGAGAAGACAGAAAACCAGGAGGAAAAUUUGGCCACUCUCUUCGGUGAUGUGGAGGAUUUAACAGAUGAUGAACUUCCUACACUGCAGGUUGAAAACAAGGUCCCUACUCCCAGCCAAGAAAAAACCAAUCAGGAGUUGCAAGAUGAAUUAAAGAAGCUACAAGAGCAAAUGAAAUCCUUACAGGAGCAGCUUAAAGCGGCAUCAAUUAAACAGCCUCCAAGUGCAGCCCUUUUGCAUGAAUCACCAGAAGGUGCAUCUCUUCGGCCCCCUCUUAAGGAGAAAAAAGUUCGGAGAAUUCAGGAGUCAGCAUGCUUCUCUGCAGAGCUUGAUGUCCCUGCCUUACCCAGAGCCAAGCGGGUGGCUAGGAUGCCGAAGACUCCUGCAGAGUCAUCUUCAAGGACAAGUACACCCUCACAACCACUACAGGUCAUUUCCAAUUUUCUGGAGCCCCAAAGCUCCUCUUCAAGGCCAAAAAGUGCACCCUCACCACAAACUGUUCCUGGAAACAAACCCAGUGGGAUGACUAGAAAUCAGAGCGCAGGAACCCCUGGGAAUUCUGAGGAACGGCCUCCUCAGGUGCCCCAGGUCUCCGUGGAAGCCUUCUCGGGCCUACGACUCAGGCGACCUCGAGUGUCCUCCACAGAAAUGAACAGGAAAAUGACAGGUCGGAAACUGAUCAGGCUGUCUCAGAUCAAGGAGAAGGUGGCAACUGAGAACCUGGAAGAGACAGACUGGGUGACAUUUGGGGUUAUACUGAGGAAAGUCACUCCACAGAGCGCUACCAGUGGGAAAACAUUUAGCAUCUGGAAACUGAACGAUCUUCGUGACCUGACUCGGUGUGUAUCCUUGUUCUUGUUUGGAGAAGUCCACAAAGAUCUCUGGAAGACAGAGCAAGGGACUGUCAUAGGCUUGCUCAAUGCAAAUCCCAUGAAGCCCAAAGAAGGCUCCGAGGAGGUGUGCUUAUCUAUUGACCAUCCGCAAAAAGUCUUAAUUAUGGGAGAAGCUAUGGACCUGGGAACCUGUAAAGCCAAGAAGAAGAAUGGAGAGCCGUGUACACAGAUUGUUAAUUUGCAUGACUGUGAAUACUGCCAGUACCACAUCCAGGCCCAGUAUAAGAAGCUUAGUGCAAAGCGGUCCGAUCUGCAGUCCACCUUCUCUGGGGGACGGAUUCCGAAGAAGUUUCGAAAAGGCACCAGCCUCAAAGAGCGCCUGUGCCAAGAUGGUUUCUACUACGGUGGGGUUUCUUCUGAGUCCUUCGCAGCGUCCAUGGCAGCAGCUAUGGCCCCUAAGAAGAAGGUUCAAACCACUUUGACUAAUCUGGUUGUGAAGGGCACAAACUCCAUCAUCCAGGAAACAAAACAAAAACUCGGAAUUCCCCAGAAGAGCUUGUCUUGCUCUGAGGAGUUCAGGGAAUUGAUGGCCCUGCCCACAUUUGGAGCCAGAAACUUAAAGCAUUUAGCCAAAGCCAAGACUUCAGGCGUAAUGGGGAGCCCAAAACCUGCCAUCCAGUCUAUCUCCGCAUCAGCCCUCUUGAAGCAGCAGAAGCAACAGAUGCUAGAAAUGCGGAAGAGGAAGUCAGAAGAAAUACAGAAACGAUUCCUUCAAAGCUCAAGUGAAGUCCAGAGCCCAGCAGUGCCAUCUUCGUCUCGACAGUCUCCGCGGAUUGGGGCCGAAUUCCCCAGGUUGGAAAGAACCACAGCCCCCCGGAUGCCCAAGCUUGGUAGAGGCAUCUCAGAAGGGGAUGAUGUCCUCUUUUUUGAUGAGUCUCCACCACCAAAACCAAAACUGAGUGCAGCAGCAGAAGCUAAAAAGUUAGCUGCUAUUGCCAAAUUAAGGGCAAAAGGCCAGAUUCUUGCAAAAGCAGAUCCAAACAGUAUUGUAAGGAAGCAAAUGGACCCCCAAUAUGUGCUGGAAGUGAAGGAGCGUGCAGAGAAGAGCAACGUGGUUUCUCCUGAAGAUGAGUUAGAGCCUGCCAGGAAGAAAAGGAGAGAGCAACUUGCCUACUUAGAGUCAGAGGAAUUCCAGAGAAUUCUAAAAGCAAAGUCCAAGCACACAGACAUCCUGAAAGAGGCCGAGGCCGAGGCCCAGAGCUCCUAUUUUGAGCCACUGGUGAAGAAAGAACAAAUGGAAGAAAAGAUGAGGAGCAUCAGAGAAGUGAAAUGCCGAGUGGUGACAUGCAAGAUGUGCACCUACACCCACUUCAGGCCUCUGGAGACCUGCAUCAGCGAACAGCAUGACCUCCAUUGGCACGAUGGCGUGAAGAGGUUUUUCAAAUGUCCUUGUGGAAACAGGACCAUCUCCCUUGACAGGCUCCCAAAUAAGCACUGCAGUAAUUGUGGCCUUUACAAGUGGGAGCGGGACGGAAUGCUAAAGGAGAAGACUGGUCCAAAGAUAGGGGGAGAAACCCUGUUGCCAAGAGGCGAAGAGCAUGCCAAGUUUCUGAACAGCCUUAAAUAACCCUCUGCAGAUGGUUUCUCACACCUGGCCUUCCUCCUUGUGGCCCUGAGAAAGCAGGAGAUUGGCUCUGUGUGUGUGGCCCUUCUUCCUGGUUGACACCGUGAAAAAGAAGUGCUUGGUGAACACACUGCUUACUCACUUCCUUCCCUGUGUGUUGGUUUGACACAUAGUUGACAUCACCAUGCACGUGGGAAAUCAGGAUACCGUGGUCUUUCCUGUUCACACGUCAGUGCCUGCCUUAUAGCAAGCCACACAGAUUUUUGCCCCGAAACUGAAAGGUGACCAGAGAGCUAUGCUUCUGGGUCUUCUUGUUGGAGGCAGAGAAUACAUUUUUUUCCUAAAUCACAGUCAAGUUCAAGUGUUAAUAUGGACACCGAAAGACAAAAGAAUGAAUUUAGGAUGGCUGUCUCCCAACUACUAGACUUGGUUUCCUUGUAUGUAAAAUGAAGCCUGGGCUACAUGUCCGUGUAAUGCCCCAGCACUCGGGUUCUGGGUGAUGACUUUCCUUGCCGAGUCUGGAUGUGCUGACACCAGAGCCACACUCUUACCUUGAGUUCCAGCUGUCUCCGCUUUGUGUUGGACAUCAAGUCAGCGCGUUGAUACAGAGAGGGAAGUGCUCUGCUGACAGUGCUGUGGGACUCAGAGAAACCCCUAACGGUGGGUUGAUGUAAAGUAAAGCAGACAUACUACCGAGAAGCUGUAAAGCAUGACUCGAAAACUAACUGAGCAGACAGAUCCCGUGGGCUUUGGGCGUUGUAGGUGACUUUGUUGUGUAUGUCAAGCACCUUAGAGGUCAAAGCCUGUAGUUUACCCCAGGAAACAUAGUUCUUGAGAUCAGGUUGGCUGGACAGCCCAUUUUUCAAAUAGUAUUCGGCCUGGAUGAGUGCUGGUGCUAUCUAACAGUAGAAUAAGCCGGAAGGAUCGUUACCCUGGAGGCUAACAACAUGUCAAGAGUGUAAUCCUGUGGAAAGUAGGUAUGGAGACAGAUACAGUUGCAUACUGCGGAUUCCACACCGCGGUGUUCUGCUCUGUCUGGGCAGAAGGUGCCACCGUUUCCCUUGAGAUCUGACCACCAUCCUCUUAGGAGUGCUGUGCUUACAGGAGGGUUUGGACUUUGGUUUCUAAUUUAACAAAGAAAAAUAAAGUGUUUAUUAAACCAAAAGGUACUUAAAACUGAUAUUUAGAACAGAGGUGUAUCUGAAGUCGGUGGCACGGCUACUUAGAACUUGAACAGUGGGUUGCUCCCGGAGCCACCUUUACUGUGUGGGACACGUGUUCUCAUCUGAACGGGGUAUGACUGGCGUCUUCACCUGCAUGCUGUCUUUAAAAUGUUUCUGUGUUUACAAAGCUUUAUGGGGACCUGAGUCUACAUACCUUUGUUUUGAAACGUUUAAAUUUUAAAUAAUUGGAAACACAGUGGAACCACUUCCCACUAUACUGAAUAUUGAAAGGCUUUAAUUUGUGUGCAUUUUGUGUGUGUGGUUUCCCAGAAUAUUCAGGGGUAAGGAGGGGACUUAUGAGCCUUGAAAAUAUUCAUUAAUGGAAUUAGUCUUUUAAUCCUGCUUUUUAGUGCUUUUACCAACUAUUAAAUACUUCCAUACAAACUCA